ACAUGAAUUCACAGUUUUGAGUUGUUGCAUAGUCAUGACAUCAUCGUGGCUUGGGUUCAAGGAUGCUGAGGUGGGUAAAGAGGACGAGGAGCCACUAACUUGCGAAGAUUCAUUCAUCGGAGGAGUUCCUGUUAUACCAGAUGGCAUCAUUUUGAAGGAAGAAGAAGUGACCUGUGGAUCUGUCAACUGUGGUUUAAGAUUGAGCUGUUUGGCACAACUGUUCUGCCCUUUGGAUUCCCAUCCCAACAUGCAUAGAUCACUACUGGUUCUGGUCUGUUCCAAUGUCAAAUGUCACCAAACUCUCAAAGGGUGGAAAGUGUAUCGUUUACAAUGGGAGGCCAAACAGGAAUCCAAACAGCAGCUGACGUCAUCAACGUCGUCUGCAAAAUCAACAGGAUUCUUUCAAUUGGAUGAUUCAUGGGGUGAUGAUAGUGUUGGCACAGAGUGGGCGACUGAGCCUUCACCUUCGAAGAAAUCUCUUCUUGAUACCGAACAAUUAGCUGAACAAGUUCAGAAGGAAAAACAACCGGAUUUUGAACAGAUUUUGGAACCAUAUCUUAUCGAGUUUGACGCUGAAGAUUUGAGCAAAAUUGAAGACAAGAAUGUGGACGUUGAGGACGAGGAAGAUGAUGAUCCCGGAUGUGAAGAUGACAUCAGAGUAAAGGAUCUUCCUGACCAUUGCAAAAAUGUUGCGAGAGAUGCAUUCACCAUAUUUUAUCACCGCAUUUUAGCUGAUCCAGAACAAAUUGUUAGAUACGGUGGCGAAGGAGAGUACCUUCCUGUAUACAGUAAUGAUGUCAUCACAACUGGUCGCAAGUGUGCAAAGUGCAGUACACCACUCAUCUGUGAGCUACAACUGUUGCCCUCCAUUCACAGCUGCUUCAAAAAUUCACCCCUCACUCAUUCUUCUCUCGGAGUGUUCACAUGUCCGAAAACAACCACGUCGUGUGCGGACUUUGAAAGGGGUUGUUUGAAAGUGUCCGAUUUGAUUGUUGAAGUUGAAAAAGAUUAAUUAAAAUUUUACUGGUCAUAAAAA